AUGGCGAGCAAUCUUGUCGAAAACAACUCACGAUACAACGCUGCUGAUGCUGACGACAUUACCAUUGCGAAUAAUGCGGGCGCGUCUGGUGACGUAGAGAAAGCCCAACUAAAGAAAGGAAAGCCAGGAGAGGCUUGGAAAGAAGGAGAGGUUCAUAAAAUCCCUCAUAAUAACCUGAAGCUUGUUUUUCCUGGGCUUAUGCUCACGGUAUUCCUGGCCGCAAUGGACCAAACAAUAGUUAGUACUGCUCUACCAGCAAUGAUUUCGGAUCUUGGGGGCUCUUCGGGGUAUUCGUGGGUUGGGACUGCCUAUCUUUUAACUAGUGCAUGUCUUUCGCCGCUGUAUGGGAAGCUAUCUAAAACCCAUUCUGUUUGCAGCCAUCGCUGUAUUUUGAUUGGAUCUGCUCUUUGCGGUGCCGCCCAGAACUUUGCCUGGCUCGCAAUAUGCCGAGGGGUCCAGGGUAUUGGAGGUGGAGGUAUCAUUCAGAUGGUUAUGAUCACAAUUGGCGAUAUUGUAACUCUCGAGGAACGAGGGAAAUACACCGGUGCCAUCGGAGCAACCUGGGGUAUUGCAAGUGUGGUUGGGCCUUUAGUUGGAGGCGUAUUUGCUGAUAAAGUUUCAUGGAGGUGGUGUUUCUGGGUUAACUUGCCAACUGGAGGUCUGGCGGCCUUAGCACUAAUCCGUCUCCGCCUCAACCCGACUCCAAAAAAACCACUCUCACAAUAUGUCGCUGAAUUCGAUUUCUUGGGGCUCUUUCUGAUUAUGUCAGGCGUUGUCCUUCUACUGGUCGGAUUCAACUCUGGAGAGUCCAACUGGAGAUCAGCGAAAACCAUUGCACUCAUUGUUGUUGGCGGCGCCCUUUUGAUUGCGGGCUCGAUCAAUGAAAUCAUGACAUCUCGGAGCCCGAUUAUCCCGCCUAGGCUAUUCAAGACCAGAACUACGGCCAUGCUGCUCAUAUCAGUGUUCAUUCACGCAAUGGCAUUCUUUUCAGCGUCGUACUAUCUUCCGUUGUAUUUUCAGAUAUUGGGAGCAAGCGCUAUCCUGGCUGGUAUCAAAAUGUUUCCAUUUAGUUUAGGUGGCGCUCUUGUUGCUAUUGUUUCAGGGCUAGUGGUUACACGAAUGAGGAAAUACCGCCCAGCGAUGUGGUUUUCCUGGCCGGUAAUGACUCUAGGAUUUGGACUUUUGAUCAUGCUCGAUGAGAAAACAUCUCUUGCCAAACAAGAGAUUUUCUUGGCCGUUGCUGCUCUGGGUGUGGGCAGCUUGUUCCAGACUCCCCUUAUCGGUUUGCACGCAGCAAUGCCUCUCAAAGAUAUGGCUACUGCUACUGCUGCAUUUGGGUUGAUUAGAACCCUUGGUGGAACAAUUGGAAUAUCAGUCGGAGGAGCUAUUUAUGCAUCUGAGGCUAAGCGUCGCCUGGCAAGCGUAUCUGGAUUCUCUGCGGCGGACCUCUCUCAAGGAGAGUUGGAGACUAAUGUUCAUCAACUGAAAUACAUCCAGCCAGAGGAGCUUCGCCAGCAAGUUCUGCACGCAUUCACCCGCAGUUUGUCAACGAUUUGGAUCGUGAUGACACCACUCCUCUUUGUUGGCACAGUCUGCAUUCUCUUCAUCAGAUCCUAUACCCUCGUCAGGCAAGUUGAGCGUGGUCAAAAGAAGGCCGGCGAGGCCGAUCCUAAAAUAGACGAAUCGAGCGAGCCUGCCCUCGGGUCUCCAACUUCAGCGGAAAGCAGAGAUGUUGAGAAGGCGACCUCAGAAGAAGAGAGAAAAGAAGAGGUGGCCAAAGGCAGUUCGACCUCCCAGAUGGCUACGACGUCCAUCACUUGGCAACAACUUGAGGCUGGCAUGGCUUUACCAUUAACCUUUCUUUACCCACCUGCGUCUCAACCUGGAGAUUUCACUUUUGAUGCUCGUUCCAUAAAAAUAGCUAGGCACUCGAACUGCUCGGAAUGUGACUGUACUGGAUUUCAUCCUCCCGAAGGCUGCGCUGUAGUUAUCAACAAUGGUUCAGCCGAGGCUCAAGCUGCCCUAGAUGAAGCCGAAGAGUCCUUGGAAGUCACUGAAGAAGGCUAUUGGAGAAUGUGCGCUUGUGGUGAUGGUAUUGAGGAUCACGGUAAUGGUGCAGAUCUUGGGCAAGACGAAAUUCAACGAAGGGCGAGGGUUGCAAUACGAAUAGACGAGAUACUAGAGGAUAAAGGCCUGCUAUCGGAUUUUCUAGCACCUUUUAGCGAUCCAGAUGUUUUAUCGUUAAGAAAACAAAUGGCCCCAUUCGACGAAACGCAAUCACGGAAUUCUGAAGAUAUAUCACCUCCUGAUUCUCCUAUCUCCAAACGUUCGUCCUCUUCCGAUCUCUCAGAGCCUCCAGAAAAACUUCGAAAAGCGACAGACAUUACCUAUUCUUCGGACGAAGAUGACGUGCCACUUGCUGCAACAUCACGCGCGACCCGUUCGAGCACGAAUCUCAGCAAUGCACCUCUCGCUCCACAAUACUCAUCGGAUAGCGGAUUUGACAUCGAAAUGGAACUUGAUCCCGAUUUUGAACAAGAUACAGAACCGAGUGAAGUCAAGUUCGCGCCGAGCACGACCGGUGGGAAAAGCGCGGCCGCCCAACCCGGUAUGCAUAAAACCGUGGCGGCAAUGGGUCCUGCUGCUUUACCGGUAGAUGCACCUGUAAAACAGGAGCCUCCUAGGGAACUAGACACUGCAAAAGUCCCUGUAGAUGAGAGGCAGAUCGCAAGGCUUGCGACUGGGGCUGCUGUUGACGUGGAUGCUUUUACCGAGGCGAGUAGUAUGAUCCGCAUAAUUACUCCCAUCGUGCCUAAACCUAAACCUGCACUCCUCCACGAACAAAAAGGAAUAAUCCGUUUCGAAGUAGUCACCAAUGAUGGUUCGCCAACAUCCAUGAUCCUCCUAACCGGACUCAAAACUCUCUUUCAAAAACAACUCCCCAAAAUGCCGCGCGAGUAUAUUGCUCGACUCGUGUACGAUCGAAGUUCCCGAGGAAUGGCGAUCAUCAAGCGCGGACUGCGCGUAGUGGGUGGAAUUACGUUUCGGCCGUUUCCGCAACGAGGGUUUGCGGAGAUUGUUUUUUUUGCGAUUAGUUCGGUGCACCAGGUUGCGGGCUUUGGAGCACAUCUGAUGAACAAGUUUAAAAUGUACAUUCGGGAGCAUAUGCCAACCAUUCAUCAUUUUUUGACGUAUGCAGACAACUUUGCUAUUGGGUAUUUCAAGAAGCAGGGAUUUACCAAAGAGAUCACUCUACCCCGGUCUGUAUGGAUGGGAUACAUCAAGGACUAUGAAGGGGGAACUAUCAUGCAGUGCUCUCUCAUUCCUCAAAUUGAUUACCUAUCUGUGCAAGAACUUCUCGCACAACAAAAACAGGCAAUUAUCGACAAGAUCAAAGCCAAGUCUAAAGCGCAUGUUGUUCACCCCGGUCUUGCCCAGUUCAAGAACGGAACAGCGACGAUCGUUGACUACCGGGAUGUGCCCGGGUUGAAAGAGAGCGGAUGGACACCCGAAAUGGACGAACUUAUCCGGCUUCCCGCUCGCGGACCGCACCAUUCGACGAUGGAAGCGGUGCUGAAAGAAAUGCGCGCCCACCCAGCGGCAUGGCCGUUUCAGAAACCGGUCAACACGGACGAAGUCAAGGAUUAUUUGGAUGUUGUCAAGAAACCCAUGGACCUCUCGAUGAUGGACUUCAAGCUGGAAAACAACUCUUAUGCGCUCAUUGAGGAUUUCAUCGAAGACGCCAAGCUGAUGCUGGAUAAUUGCAAGUUGUACAAUCCUGAGAGCACGGUGUAUCACAAGACGGCGAUCAGGAUGGAAAAGGCGCUGCAGGACAUCCUGAAGAGUGUGGGCGUAGAUUACCGGUUGUAG